AUGCCAACAACUACUCCUUCGGCGCCCGAGGCCCAAUCCGGCCCUGCUUUGUUGGAAGCCUCGGCCUUGGGCGAACCAAUACAGACCAGCACAAGUCCAAAUUCGUGUCAAAGACCUUCCGAGGACAUCCACGCGAAUGGCACCCGUGAACUCGAACUGAUGUGCGAGGACAAGAAUGAGGCAAAUGACUGUGGUUCUUUGCGUUGUGGCGAUGUCGGCGACUGUAAUAAGGUGAAUUCUCCGUCGCGCUUGGGCCAGGGUAAAAAGGAUGGCGAGACUACAUUCGAACGGCAAAGAGAAUGGACCAGAGCACGCCACGAUAUAUCUACCUCUUCAGAUCACGAUAGCGACGAUGGCAUUGUUUUCAAUUCCCCCCGCUUACACCCUAGCAGUGGGCAGCCCGUUGACUACAACAAAGCUGGCAUGAUAGCACGGCAGAAGAUCAGAAAGCUGGAGUGGGAGCACUCCGCAAGCACCCGGGAGUGGCAACUAGUGGGGGAGAUGGCACGUGAAAUUGGCCGAUUGCGAAAGGCGGAAGAAGUUUGCAAGAAGGAACGACUCAUACAGACGAGGCCUUCCGUGCCUAAAAUAGUGGCUAGAAGGGCCCAGCUUGGUAAACCUGUUCAGACAGAACAAUCGGCGGAUCACGGAUCGCACUCCGAACGGUCGGGCGUGGCACAGAGCGGGGUGCUGGUGAAUCGAGUCGGGUGGGACGUCUUCAGAACUCGCACUGCAGAGCUUGAGGAUAUAGCCGAUCUUGAUCCUCAUGAGUUCGCUGUCAUUGAAGUUCUAACAGAGGAGCCACUGGUGACCAGCGAAGCCAAGUUGAAGAGCCCUUCACAGCUCGAUAACACGGUAAUGAUGUGGGGAGACUUGGUUCGACAACCCUCCGAAAACCAUGGGGGCGAAUAUGCAUCGUCCCCGGGAAUACGAGGAAAGAGUAGAGGGCAAGAACCCCUCCCAGAACGGAUUCGGAUCCGCUCUAGGUAUAUCAUCGAGGAGCUUCGCACCAUCAUUGGAGGUCGCAACAGGUUUUUACCACCGGAUGUCGAGCACUACGACGGUACAACCAAGUAUCUAAUCAAAUUCAAGGACUCCGCCCUGACCAUGGUUCGUCCCUUUCGAACACUGUUCCAUUACAAAGAUGACAUUGUGGAAAGACUGGGUCAGCUACAAAACAAACUCCACUCAAACACCCAGCUGCACUCGAAGCUGAAGGACCGUACCCGUACAUAUACCGAGCACCUUAAAUGCCUGAAGGAGCUCAUCGACACACAACUACAGCCCAGGAUCGAUCAUUUAAACAGCAACCGGUGUCAAUUAGUAUCGUUUGCCGAUCUUUGUUAUCUCUUCAAGCCAGGUGAUGAGAUCAUCCAAAGAAACCGGCCUCAAGCCUUUCGAAUCUACGCAGUAUCCAGCACUGACCAUGGAGCCACGCCUACGUGGCAAGAGUACAAAAAGCCGAAUGUUGCAUCAGACGUGAAUGAGGAUAUUAAGCCGCAGUUGGCCAUCAGUUGCAGAUAUCUCGACUUUGAUGGGAAGAGAGUUGGUCCAGUGACUCGGUGCUUCAAGAUAUCACAGUUGAGUGGUGAAAAGCCCAUCACGUCGCUUGAUGUCUAUCCGUUGCGAUUUGCUGAGACCAGAGCAGAUCGUGAGCAGGGCCACACACCAUUUCGAAAUCGUCUAAUUGACAGGGGAAAGAUGUUCCUCGACAUCGCGGCGGUAAGGCAUAUGCACUACAGCGGCUUAACAAUCGGUGACAAGGAUGAGGUUGACAGCCAGGUUGUCGUUGAUUUUGAGGAAGCCUUUGCACAGAUAAUGGUACAUCGUGGAGGGUGGAAUUGGAAUCCAUUCUCGGCAUCGAAUUUUGUCCAACGUCACAAACACGCUGAAUACAUGGCAAGUUGCAUGCCUCAAGAUACUACACAAGAGCCCCCGAUCUCUGUGUAUCCGCGAUUGCUCCAAGAUAUACACGUCCACGUUUCUGUGACAGACAAGGACUACAUCAUCAUGUCCAUGAGAGCUUGUGGGUUUGUUUUGAGAAGCAGAAACUGGGAUUUCACCACCACGUUUGAGCAGCUGGUACUUCCAGACGGCCAUAAGGAUAUGGUCCUCUCACUCAUAGCACAACACUAUCGUGAUAAGCAGAUGCAAAAUGAUGAAAGGGACCAGGUCGACAUCAUCAGAGGGAAGGGGAAGGGCUUAAUCUUGCUUCUCCACGGUGCCCCCGGGGUGGGCAAGAUAACGACCGCAGAAGGAGUUGCGGAGAUGUUUCAGAAGCCUUUGUUCCAGAUUACCUGUGCUUUGGAAACCCAUUUUGCACUGGCCAGUAAAUGGGGCUGCAUCCUUCUGCUAGACGAGGCCGAUGUAUUCCUCGCUGCGAGAACGCCACAAGACUUCGUAAGAAACGGCAUGGUGUCAGUCUUUCUGCGCGUCUUGGAAUACUACUCCGGCAUCUUAUUCUUGACCACCAACCGCAUUGGUGACUUCGACGAAGCCUUCGGAUCCAGAAUCCUUAUAAGUCUACACUACCCGCAGCUGGACCUUCCGUCAACGCUCAAGAUAUUUGAGCUCAACCUGGAUCUGAUCCAGGAUCGGUUCAAAAGAAGAAACCGAGAACUCAGCAUCGACACAAGGGCCAUAUUGGAGUAUGCAGCUGGGUACUGGACCAACAACGAACACAUGCGCUGGAAUGACAGACAAAUUCGAAACGCCUGCAAUACCGCACUCGCGCUGGCUGAAUUUUCAGCCCAAGGAGGCGAUCAUACAAAGGUGGUGGAUGCCAACGCCAAAAUAUCACUGAAACUGGAGCAUUUGGAGGUUGUAUCCAAGGCUUACCUCGGCUUCAUCACUUACCUAGAGGACGUUUUUGACAAGGAUGCCGACAGACGGGCGAGGCAGAUGAUGAUUCGGGCACGGGAGCACAAGAAGUCGAUGGAAAAGGGAGACCGGCAGCGUCAACUAUCCUUUUCAGGUGGACUGGCGCAGGUCCCAAUGAUGCCUACUCAUACGACUGGCCUAUGGCCCCCUAUGGCACAACCCCCACAGAGCCCCCUUUCCACACAUCCAAGCGAGUCACCAGGCUACCCGACAACUUCAAAUCAGAUCACUCAGCUUCCGAGCUACCCCAGCCACCUAUCUGGCCAACACACAUCGCAGCCUCCGCCUGGGCAGGCAUAUCUACACUACACCCUCGCGAGUGCUUACCCGCAAGGUCUUCAGCCCGGCAGCACCACCUAUCAACAGCAUCAUCAGCCUUCUACCAUGGCUGGCCCGUCCCAACCACAAGCGCAAACCACUCUGCAGCCAGCUCCAGGUUGGCAGCAAGCAACCGCUUAUCCCCAUGGAUCGAUGCCAAUCAGCCAGCCCGGCCAAGUAGUUCCUGGACCUCAGCAGCCUGUUGUGCCAGUGGUAGAGCCACAACAAUCACAGCCCUAA